AUCCACGAGCACGGGCUCCCCUCCCUCGCCCCCUUCCUGGGAAGAGACUACGUCGGCCUCGACGCCGCGCGACAGUACUUCGAGUGCCUGGGCGCCCACCUCCGGUACGAGGGGAUGCGGUUCGAGGAUGAGGCGGAGUGGGUGGUGGAUGGUGCGCGGGGGGUGGUGGUGGUGCGCGGGUGGGCGCGGUUUGUGGCGAAGCGGACGGGGCAGGGGUGGGGGGAGGGGUUUGUUUAUCGGUUGCGGUUGGGGGGGGAUUCUGGAGGUGAAGGCGAUGGGGAUGGGGAGGUGAAGGUGAAGGAGUAUUUUGUCUGGGCGGAUAGCGGGGCGGCGUAUUUGGCUUUAAGGGGGGAGUUG